AUGGAAACCGCACCGCUGACUCUCGCUCAUACCCAUGCCCGAAAUGCUGCCCUCGAGUCGCGUCGGCACAAUCCCGUCGCUGCCAGCGAGGAGCACGAUCUCGCCGCAGCAGAGUUCGCAGCUGCGGCCCAGGAGACUUCAGACUCGGAGGCACUGCGCGUAUUGAAUCUGCUGGAACAACACCACAAGAAGCUGGGUCAGCUGUUGAGGGCAGCUCAUGAGAAACCGCCAGUGAAAGAGGUUCCUAGCCAGCCGUCAGUUGGCGAUGGCGACAAUGCGCUGCCAGCGGCAGAGCAGCAGAAGCAAGAAUCUGACAGACCUCCUUCGCCAGAGGUCGCUGUCCACCCUCCCAGGCUUCCCAGGGGCCUGAGGUCCAGCACUCGCGAGUUAUCUUCUUCCAUUGCUAGCAAUCUUGCUUCGGCAAGAGGUAUACCCAACAACCGACAAAAGAGGCCUACCCCGAUUUCACCCCUGGUGUCGAACCAACAUGCCGACGGACACAAUGCUCAAGAUGAACCAAGGGGCAAGCCUGCCAUAAGAACAAAUGCAGACCCCGCCGACACUCUCUUGUCCAUGUCCCGCCAAACGAGUUCACGUCCAUCAUGGGCCCCCCCGUUAUCCUCCUCUCCGACAAAGUCUGCUGUGACGGAACAGCCAGAGGCCCAAAGCUCGGAUGCCCCCUUCCAGCAAUUCUACACAACUUUUGAGAGUCUUGUAUCGAAACUCAGUGCACCACUGGCAUUUGCAGGGCUACCUCUAAACACCACUGCUCCGUCUAAGUCGCCAUCUGCUCCCUCUUCCAGCACUCCCAAGGCCCCGAAAGCUGUGUCCCGCCCAACGCCAGCAGCACCAUCCGUCGAUUAUUCUCAGCUCAUCUCGCGUGCGGCUUUACGGGCGGUUUCCGGCACCGGAAACAGCACGUCCAACCCGUCCGAGUCAUUUUACGUCGUCCCUACCACCGGAGGCACAAGUUCCUACGCUGAAAUCAUGUCCCGGGCCGAACGUGAAGAGGCGCGUGCUGGCCUCCGUGGACAUGGCCAUCGCCGCCAACCUUCCAAUCUCUCAAAUAUCUCCGAGGACGAUUUUGUUGAUGCCAAAAGUACGAUACUGCCGGCUUCAGCCAACGGACCGCCGAGCCGCUUUACCAGAGCCCGUGGGGGCGCUGAUGAGAUCAAAGUGAACGGGAAGACGAUGGAAGAACUCGCGUUAGAGAAUCAAGCCCUUAAGCAUCUCUCUGACACGCUUUCCAGGAGAUUACACGUCUUUGAGAUGUCUGCUCAAACGUCCUCCGCAGCACUGGCCCAGAGCAUUCGCUCCCUCCACAACCGCUCGCCGAUGCUCUCUCCCGAGAAUUCGCGUGGCAAGACCAUCAGUGGGAAGAUGGGACUCGACAGUGGCGGGAUUGUCGGCAUCAACAAUAGUGGAGGAGGUGGCAAUCGUGACACGAUGCAGCGCAGAAUAGCAGAACUAGAAGAAAUUCUUCGCAAGAGUGAUGCGAGGUCAAGAAAGCGCGAAGAAGAGAAUGUCAAGUUGAAAGAGACAAUCACCAAGUAUAGAGAGAAAUGGGACAGUCUGAAGGCGGGAGCCAAAGCGAGGAGGGCACGCGAGAGAGCUAGCAGGCCAGGCAACGGCGACAAGGUCGGUUACGGUGAAGAAACCACCACGGAAGGAGGCGAAGACGAGUCCGCCGUGGGAGGCUGA